AUGAACCACUUGGGCCUUCCAGAGAUCGUCAUCUCGACCGUGAGACGUAUGUACAGAGGUAACACUGUAGUGGCACACUUCAGAGAUGUUCAGUCAGACCCUGUUGUAGUAGUGAAAGGCCUGCGUCAGGGUUGCCCACUUUCACCAUUACUGUAUAUUCUUUACGCCUCAAGCCUCGAGAGGAAGCUUCUUAGCUCCAGCCUUGGUUUCCGACUCCACCACACGACCAGCGGUAUCGAUGAGAGGUGUCGUCAACCGGGCUUAACGUUCGCAGACGCCAUCGUGCUCAUGGCAGAAAGCACCGAGGAAAUGCAGGUACUGCUGGACAUCUGCCAGGAUGAAAUCACCCGCCUGGGGCUUUGCUUCAACGUUAAGAAGACAGCCCUUCUCAGACUUGUGGGGGAGUGCACCAAGGAGAGUGUUGCGACCCUGAGAGAUGCCGAAGUGAGCAGCUGCACCGAAUACAGGUACCUGGGUGUAAAAUUGUCAGCAUCAACGGACAUGUACAGCCUACAUGAGGCGAAGAUGCGUGAAGCUGUACUGCGGGCUCAGAGCAUCCUCUGGCGCCGCUGUUUGUGGGGCUGCAAGCGGUAUUUAAUGGUACGUGACUUUUGGAAGCUCGUCCACGUGCCUGGGCUGACAUUUGCGAACGCAGUCGUGAUUAUGUCAGCGGCCACCAGAGAAUGGUUAGAGCGGCGACAGCGGGAAGUAGGACGCAUCGCUCUGGGCUGUCAUGGCAUGGUGGCGAACGAGACAGUCCAGGUGGACAUCGGCUGGUCGAGCUUCGAAGAGCGUGAGGCGGCCAGCAAACUGACGGUUAGAGCGGCGACAGCGGGAAGUAGGACGCAUCGCUCUGGACUGUCGUGGCAUGGUGGCGAACGAGACGGUCCAGGUGGACAUCGGCUGGUCGAGCUUCGAAGCGCGUGA